CAGCGCGAGACCCAGAAAGGGGGGGGAGGGAGGAGAGAAGGCGGAGGGCGGUGGCGUCUCGGUUGCUCUGCUCCGCCCGCGUCUCCAUCAUCAUAGCCGAGCCAGCACUCGAGGAAGCAGAGAGAGAGAGAGCGGGGGGCAAGGGAAGCGUAGAGCCAGACUUGUGCGAAGCUAGAGGUUGAGAGGCGAUAUAUAUAACACAGCCAGGGCGAGUCGCGGUCUCCUACUCCGUAGCUGUUACGUGUAGUUGGAGGUGAUUGUAGCUGCUGCAGCUGUUGCUGCUAAUGGCAGUGUGACGUAGACAAGUUGGGGUCUUGUUGCCGUUCGUUGUUUUUCUGCUGCGCAUGGCGGGAUAAGGGUAGGAAGGUAAGGAAGGUAGGAUACAUUUUUGGGGAGGGAAGUUGCUGUCGAGCCAGCUGUAUGAAUAAUUCAUACCGUUGAGUUGGAGGGACUUGUCGUCGUUACUCUUCGGAGAGCGAGAGAGUUGGGGGAGAGGAGAGAGAGAGGGAGAGAAUCUCGGAACAUCGAGCGAGACGCGUGCGGUCUAGGGCGCCACUCAGGGCGGGGAGUCCCGGGAACACCACGCACGCACACAAACACGCGUGUGCGUGCGUGCGCUUACGUACACUUCUCUCACACUGCAGGUAGUGUUAGACCUUACACACACACGCACCACGCGUAAACCCAGAGAGAUCGACAAAACCGACAUCUCGAAUUAUUCCAACGCAAGCGGAGCUAACCCACAAGAGACGCACAGAUUCGCUCGGAGUCUUAUCUGCCUGCACACACACACAGAGUGGUGAUAGGGGGCGCGAACGCGUGGCAAGCGAGUUGUCUUCUCGAGUGUCAGCCACGAGGAGAGAGAGAGAGGGGGGGGUGGGGAAAGGGAGCGGAGUUACUGUAGCAGUUAGUUCGCCGUGUUCGUGUCUGGAGGCAGGAGCGGUGAAGCGAGGAGUGGGAUUGACUGCAAGCGGUGGGUAGCAUUGGGGCGUCAGCCAGCAGGGUACGCGAGUGACUAGAGGCGAGGCGAGAGGCAGUGGAGGCUGCGUUGUCGGUCGACACGAGCAGCAGCGUCACCAGCGGCAGCGAGUGAACAAGUCCGUGCCAUGGCUGCUCCGCUGCGCCGCGGAGCGCGCCCCGCUCGCCCGCUCCUCCUCAGCCUCCUCCUCGGCGCCCUCCUGGGCGCCCUCCUCGUCUCCACGGCGUCUGCCCUCUCGUGCCUCUGCGACCGCGCGCGCUGCGAGGCGCCGCGUGGCUGCGCGGGUGGCACGGUGCCUGACGUGUGCCACUGCUGCCACGCGUGCGCCAAGCAGGUGGGCGAGGCGUGCGGCGGCAUGUACGACAUGCUGGGCACGUGCGACCGGGGCCUGCGGUGCGCGCAGCCACUCGCCGCGCGAUUCGGGUUCAGCAUGACGCCGGGACACUGCGAGGAGGUUCCGCCCGGCUGCCUGGACGUGGUGUGCGAGGACCAGCCGCCGCCGCCCGUGUGCCCCAUCGACUCGGCGCUGCGCCUGGGCCACGUCCCGCUCGGCGAGUGCUGCGCGCUGCCCUCGCGCUGCGAGUGCGACCCGGCCCGCUGCACGCUGCCCGACUGCCCCCGCGGGGGCGUGCGAGUGCUCGUGGCAGAGGCCCAGCGCACGCCCGGCCGCUGCUGCGACCUCCACGUCUGCGCUCCGCGGUCCGACGCGCGAGGACGGACGUGCAUCCCUGAGGAUUGCCCCCCGGUGCCCGAGGUGACGUGUCCCCCCGGCAGCUUCGUGGCGUUGGGCACCGAGAGCCAUGAUGGCUGCUGCCUGCUUCCCGCGCGGUGUGAGUGUCCCGUGCUGUGCGAGAAGCCGACGUGCGACGCCGGGAUGGUGCUGCGACUCGUCGCCCACGGCAACGGCAGCGUGGAGAGCUGCUGCGACGAGUACGAGUGCGCCAACGACACGAGGUCGUCGUGCACGUUUAACGGGAUGGAGCACGCGGACGGGGAGAUGUACCGCAUGGACGCGUGCCGCUUCUGCCGCUGCCACAACGGCGUCUCCUUCUGCUUCUCGGCGCAGUGCGGCGCGCUCGCGUGCCAGCGCUACUACGUGCCCGAGGGCGAGUGCUGCCCCGUGUGUGAGGAUCCCGUCUUCCCCGUGAGCAACCCCGCGGGCUGCUUUGCCAAGGGGCAGAUCCGUGCGCACGGAGACCGGUGGCGCGAGGACGACUGCACGUUCUGCCAGUGCGUGAACGGCGAGCACCACUGCACCGCGACGGCGUGCGGCCAGAGCUGCCUCAACCCGAUCCGCGUGCCGGGGGAGUGCUGUCCCGUCUGCGAGGAGCCGACGUUCAUCACCAUCCGCCCGCCGCUCUGCUCCCCGCUGCUCGGCUGCUCGCUCACGGACGACAGCUGCCCGUACGGCUUCUGGCUCGACUCAGACGGGUGCCGAACCUGUCGCUGCAAGACGAAAGCGGAGCACUGCCGCAGCGUCAUCUCGGGCUGCCGACUCGACUGCCCCCACGGCAUGGCCACCGACCGGCACGGCUGCGAGGUGUGCCAGUGCCGCCCGCAACCCAAGAAGUGUCGCCACGUCGCCUGCGCUAAGCGCUGCCCCAACGGAUACAUCAAGAACAAGCACGGCUGCGACAGCUGCCGCUGCGUCAAGUGCCCCGACUUGGUGUGUGACAAGUUCUGCCUCCACGGCUACGCGGAGAACGGCAAGGGCUGCCUGCUCUGCAGGUGCAAAGUCGCGCCAGGGCCGCCGGCGCCGCCGGUCGCCACCGGCUCGUGCACGUCGAUGGACGGGCGGCGCUACGCCGACGGGGAGAGCUGGCACGACGGCUGCCGCGACUGCUACUGCCAGGGCGGGCGCGAGAUGUGCGCGCUCAUCGCCUGUCCUGUGCCAAGGUGCCCCACGCCGGAGUUGCGCCAAGGACACUGCUGCCCAGCUUGCGCCGACGACUCGCUGGCCGAGCGGCCCGAGCAGGCACCGCACGCUGUGUGCCAGGCGUUCGGCGGGGAGUACUACGUGGAGGGACAGAGCUGGAGCGCCGACUCGUGCACCCAGUGCACGUGCCACGCGGGACGCGUGCUCUGCGACACCGAGGUGUGCCCGCCGCUGCUGUGCCACGACCCCGUGCGUGCCAAGGGAUCCUGCUGCCUCUCCUGCCCAGCGGGCGCCUCGGAGACGCCGGCGCCGAACGGCAACGGGAGUAGCGGCGGCGUCGGCGGCGUCGCGCCGCAGUACUGCGUGUCGGAGGACGGAGACAUCUUCCUGGAGGGCGAGGUGUGGAAGCCGAACGCGUGCGAGAGCCGUGUGUGCCGCGAGGGUCGCAUCGUGCGCUUCGCGGAGCGCUGCCCGCCCGUCAGUUGCCGCCGGCCCGUCCUGCGCAAGGGACAAUGCUGCCCGUACUGCCUGGAAGUGAUCGUGCCGCUCAAGGUUUGCUACUACGGGGACCAGAUCUACGGGGAGGGCGAGCGCUGGAGCCCCGACCAGUGCACGCACUGCCACUGUCGCAACGGCGAGGCCGUGUGCAUCGUUGAGGACUGCCUGCGGCCCUCCUGCAGCCGCCCCGUCCGCCUUGACGGAUCCUGCUGCCUCGCGUGCCCAGAUGACGAGCUGCCUUCGGAGCCCGCGAGCGUGCCCGCUGAGAGGUCCAACGAAGUCGAGGCCAUCACAGAGGACGUUCCCGUCGCUUGCGUCAUGGGGCCGCUGUCGGAGGAUUCCAACGAGUUGGGGUGCGAGCGUGCCGUGGACGGGGCAAGCGUAGACCGGCGCGGCGGCGGUGCCGGUGGUGCGGACGUGUGGCCGCUCUGGGUGGUGAUCGGCGCGCUGGCGCUGGGUCUGCUGGUCGUGCUCGUGCUGCUCCUGCACUCGCGGCGGCGCCAGUGGAUUCCCCUGCAGCUCUACAAGCCGCCCGUCAAGACGGUCUACCUGAACAACGACCUGGACAAGAACACGGCCGCCACCGCCACCACAGCGGCAGCGGCAGCAGUGGUAAAGCCGCCGCUGAACAACGCGGCCAAGGUCCAGCGCCUGGCAGAGCCGGACCCUCGCUACAGCGGCUACUACAGCAUGAUCAGCCCCAGCGGCGCCAGCGUGUGACACAGCCGCGCAUCCCGGCGACCCCGCGACCCCACGCACCCCCCCACCGGAGCCACGGACUUCGCCCUCCAGGCCUCCUGCCGGCCGGCGGAGGGUGCCCUGCCGUCUCUUGCUCUUCCCAGUGCUUGACUCUUCUGCAAUGUGCACUUUCUGCUGCCCUCGAAGCCCCUCUUCCCCCGAUAGCGCUUUGUAGAUAAUUCUGCAAGGUUCAAACAAAAAUAAAAACGAUCGACAUGGAAACAAAAUUAUAUAACGUUUUUUUAUAUAACGGUCAACCCCGUAUGAUUUCCUAGAACUGCGUCAUCGCAGUCACUCUCGUCCACAUUUUCAAGAAGAUAAAAAAAAAUUAUUCUCAUCAUCGGGAAAAUGAAUGCCGAUUUUGUCAGCCAGCUUGGGCGACCUCAGGCGAGACUGUUGGGACAGCUCAUGCCUGUGUUGCUCAGCUGAUGGCUGUGUUGUGCGGCUCAUGGCUGUGUUGCUCAGCUGAUGGCUGUGUUGGACGGCUCAUGCCUGUGUUGCUCAGCUGAUGGCUGUGUUGGGCAGCUGGAGCGUUGGGACCUUGGGCCGUCGGAGAGUGGGCAGCAUGGACGAUGGGUGGUGACGUCACAGAGAAGACGGACAAGGAGAUCGAUUUGUUCGAAAUUCGUUACAGCCGUCGAGAAAGCCUUAAUAGCACCUUUUUCAAUUUAGCUUAUAGAUUUGUUUUGUCUUGCUUACUCUUCAUAUUUUAUUUUUAAAAAAGCACUAUAUAGGAUGUGAUAAUGUAAAUAUCUGACGUUCAUAGCAAUGUCUUUUUGACUUCGUUUUUUGUUGAGAUCAAGCAGAGUUCUCAUGAUGUCAGUACACGUGGUGUUCUUGGGCGGGCCGUACCAAUUCAGAGAUCUAAUACUAUUGCUGCAUUGUCGCAAACACGGUGUUGUUUAUAUCCAAGUUAUAAUUUUGUUUUUCAUGAAAGGUACUUGCACUGCUCGCAGGUUUAAUGUUGGGCCAUUCCAGAACCCCAAGUGCCGCCCGUAGCUUAGAUCUUCUCGUUAACUCAAACGGCGGUCGACUUCCUAUAAGUUAUUGCCACGUCGCUCGUUAGAACCCAUGCUGAUGAGUACACAGUGAGGUGAAGCCACAAGUUCGUCAAUGUGUAGGCUGACGAGCCUCAUCACAGCCUGAUGAGGCCAGUCGGAAGAAAAUUGACUAACUUUUUAAUUUAUUAUUUUAUUUUAAAGUAAUGUUUUAUUUUAUAAAUCCAGUUUUUACAUUCUGACACAUACACACACAGCUUACUCUGUGUUAAAAUUGAUUAGGCUCUGGUGUCAUCAGUCGCAAUCAAGUAUCACCACUCGACGUACAAGAUGCAAAAGGAGAUAAUGUCAGACGGGGAAAGAAAGAAUUGUCAUGAAUGAAUGUAUCUGCCUUUCUGAGUUAUCUCUCUCCCAAAGUAUCCGUUCAGGCAUUCCAUGUGGCUUGUGCUCUCUGUUUCUGUACAGGUGUAUUUUUGUCGGCUCGUGUGUGUCGCGCUGUUUGUUAAUGCUUUGGCAAUGUUAUUUCUAUAUUUUUAAUAACAGAAUAAUUAUAAAGCUAAUGUACUAAAGAACUAAACUUUAAUGUAAUUAAGUAUAACUGGAGCUAGUUGCUGACUUAUUUAGUUGUUUUUGAUCGCUCGGAAUACAGAUAAUGAAAGUGUAUUUUGUUUUUAUAUAUAUUUUUUAUUGGCUGGAACAUCUUGCCUUGAAUUCCGCAAGGCGAUCAUGGAGAAACCUUGUUUGGGGCUGAAUAUGAACGAGACAGAAACGAAGCGAUACGCUGGCACUUUUGUUCACGCGUUUCGAGUGGCAGAGCGGCGCGCCACUGCCCGCGGUCCCACCGGCAGAGUGGAGCACAACUGCCCGCGUUCCGGGUGGCAGAGCGGCACGCCACUGCCCGUGUUCCGCGUGGCAGAGCAGUGCGCCACUGCCCGCGUUCCAACUCAACGCAACUCGCGAGGGUGCCCGCCAGGGGAGGCUGUCUCGAGCGUCAGCGUGGACGGAUGCUCGCUCUACAAGUUGCUGUUGGGUCCCUCAACUCUCUGAAUAAGCCCUAAUUUAUAUAUUAAACAUUAAAUCUAAAUAGUAAUUUAUUAAUCUCAUGGUCGUGGCGAUUAGGUUGGAAACAACUGGGAGGUUUCCUCUGCUGUUGCUUGUGUUCAGAAUUCCCCAAAGCCGGCAUAGCCACAGUCUGCUGCUGCUGUUCCUUGUUACGAACGGUUUCGUUUCAGCCGGAGCUGUCCGGGGCAGAGCUCCAGAUAAUAUUUCAGGCUCCUGGAAUUUUUGGGUUCGAGUCCCCCAGAAAGCAUUCCAUGAGAAAUGAAGCCCUGCUUUUGUAGCUACGACUGUCUGCUCGAGUUAGACAACAUCAGCCAAUGAUUUUCUGAGUCUUCAACCAAGCACGGCCAGACCGGAGAUCGAUUUUUGUGCAGUGGGCCACAGGGAUGGGUUAUUAACUUAAAUAAGAAACAAUAAUAGUGAUGCCCAUAGUUUACCCAGGAAGGACUUGCCGAGUCUCAAGGUGCUCUUUCAGGAGGGUCCUUCUACAUUGAGAUGUUUGGCCAUUUCCGUGAAUGAGACUUUGGCUUCGUAUGGGAGGUAACCAACCGAGCAGAGUCCAUUCUGGACAUACCAGGAGGUAACGGUGAACACUCGGCACAGAUGUAUUCAACAAUCAACGUCUUCAAGGCAGCGAAGAAAAUGAGUUAAAACUUAGAGGGCACGAUGCAUUUUAAGGAUGAUGUAUCACCGUGUUUCUUUUCUAAGGGAACUGAAACUACAAUACUCGCUCAGUUACGUCGGGUGGAAUGUUGUCUCUGGGGUUUGUGGUAGCAGGGCCCAAAACAUUACAGCUCAAUGAACCUUCCAUGUCGAUUACUCUGGAAGGAUGAGCUGUGGGCGUUGUGUAGCAGCGGGCUCCCUGACGGCAGCGAGUCAACAUUGGGUCGCGUGUCAUUCGCUCCAUUCUGUGUGUGUGUGUUUAUAAAAAGGGUCCGUGCGGGGGCAGCCGGGUGGGUCAGAGGUUGGAACUCUGAGCUGGCACCGCUGGAGAUCCCCAGUUGGAAUCUGGGCAGCCGACCUGUGAUGGAACCGGCUUCUCGGGUCUCGCGGCGAGUUGAUGGCCUCAGCCUGGUCACCAAUGACUGCACGAACGAACGAUCACAUUAACUGGGUUUGCACUGAAUUUGGGGAGCAACUGUGGUAGGUUUUGGCAGUGAUCCUGUACGCAUGGGCCACCUUAAUCAGACUGAAUUGCAAGUCUGACAAUGCGAAACAUUGGUUUCACUGACAAACAUUGCUGUAGCAGGGCAGGUGGAAAAGUGUUGUCUCCUCCUAUGGAUAAACAGGGAUUUCUGUAGUUAUCUGAUAUCCACUUCCACGGUGGGGCGGGGGCAUGCUCUAUCAUGCGGUGUCUCACUGCUCUUCAACAACAGUUGACGGAUUCUUGGUCUCAUCACCCGAUGUCGAUAGGGGGCAGUGGAGAGGAAAUCGCGUGUGCGUCGGAGGAGGAGUGGGUGGGGGGCAACAUGAAGCUAUUAAAAAUAAAUUAAAUAUCUUGUACAGAGAUUUAUUGCCAUCCUACAUUGAAAGCAUACCGUUUAAGUCCCGUUUUGAAAAGAAGAAAAAAAUCCAAUUAUAUUAAAAAAAAAUCCAACGAGGGAUGGUGUCAACGAUCAAGGCCUGAUGUGAGGUCUCCUUUUCGCCGCUUUUGCUCCACGCGAUGAGGGGGAGGGAGCCCCCCCCCCCACGCCGCUCUGCCACUCCCCUGGGUGUCCGUGCUGGCGCGAGCUGUGGGCCGCCCGCGUGGAGAGCGUGAUACUUCGGCGUGGACGCGGGCCGAGAGCGUGUCACUUGCGCGUGACACUUGCGCGUGACACUUGAGCGUGACGACCGCGUGUGACACUUGCGCGCGACGACCGCGCGCUCGGCAGGGGGCCUGUAAAAGCGUCGCUUCUGUAGAGCACUGUAAAUUGCUGCGAACAGCACAAAUAAAACGAAACGUUAAUUUCCA